AUGUUAGCUGAUAAUAAGAAACAAAAGAGCGAAAAGAAACUCAUUGCUGACUUCGAUGCUGUCUCACUAUAUCCAUCCGCUAUCGCGAGACUUUAUACUUUAGAAGGAAUUCCGAAAGUUUUGAAGCCAGAAAUAUUAAACAGUGAAUAUUUGUUAAAACAUUUAUUCAAAGAUGACCAGGGCGAGCCUGAAGGUGAUAAAUUCAUUUCAGGAUUCUUUGUUUUAAUAAAAAUAACUGAUAUCAAGAUUAAAAGACAUUUUCCACUUAUAACAGUCGAUCCAGAAUUAAACCCGGAGCUAAAGGCGAAAAGCACCAAGGACAAAGCCAAGGACAAAGCCACUGUUCCAAGAAGUUCAAACACAUGCUGUUUAAUGUAUGUGGACCACAUCACUUUACAAGAUUUAAUAAAAUAUCAGGGCAUCAGUUGCAAAGUAUUACAGGGUUACUACUACGAUGAAAAGAGAGAUUUUAGAAUAAGAGAUGAAGUAAAGAAAUUGUUUGAAUUGAGAUUAAAGUAUAAGAAGGAAGAAAACCCGCUACAAGAAAAUAUUAAAUUAAUUUUGAACAGUAUUUAUGGGAAAACUAUUUUGUCCCCGAUAGAGUCGAAAAUUAAAAUCAUUGAUGAUAAAGAUGCUGUUAGGUAUGCCAUCAGAAAUUAUAAUCAUAUUAUUAAGUUCGAAGGUUUAGAUGGUUCGGAUAAAACUAUUUUCAAACUAACUAAAAGCAUUUGCAGACACUUUAACUUUUGCCCCUUAGGUGUUAAUAUCUUAUCUAUGUCGAAACGUAUCAUGAAU